CUUCAAAUUCGGAAUACUCCGAUCAACUUCGAACUGGAACUACGAUUCCAUAAUCACCUUGUAAAGCCAUCCUGGUGCACGCCAUUACUGCGACCUUCGCUCGCCCUUCGCUGAUGGAUGAUGGGAACAAAGAAUUGUUUGCCAACUGCUUCCUGUGCGUUGGCACAUGAUGACUCAGACGCAACUUGACUCGAAUCCAAUACUACCUAGCGUUACCCCGUUGCAAGAAUGGCGACACCCCCAACACGGACCGACAAAUCCCAAUUCGAUCCCUGUUUCUCUUCAUUUAUCCCUGACUUUUCGCAGCCUAAAAGGUCUUCCAGGAUCGAGGAUCUUCUCCCUUCUAAUAAUCCGCCGAGGGAGUUUGAAAAGGCAGAUCUGGUCAAGAUCGCUGCCAGAGGCCCUCGUACUCUUGACGAAUACGAUGGGAAAAUUGCCGCGACACGCAAGUUGUUGGAUUUUUUGGUUUCUGAAAGGGACCAGGCUGCUUCCAACAUCUCCGACGCCAAGGCUCUUGUCCACCCUGUGCGCGAUCUGCCGGACGAUGUACUACGUGCGAUCUUUCGUGCGUGUACUAGGCCGGUAGACGAGGCGUUUAAUAGAUCUUUUCGAGAGAUCGUACAUCCAUCUAUAGGUAUCGAAUCGAUCCAACCAGACCAGUCGCCAUGGACCCUUUCCCAUGUUUGCCAGCAAUGGAGAACUGUUGCUAUACACACUGCGGAGUUGUGGUCUCUCAUCGAACUCAAUCUAGAUGAAAGACCUAAAGACAAGGUGCUUGCCAGGAAUCGUGUGUUCAGACUUGGUUUACAAUUGUUCCGAGCCAAUGGUCGCGAUCUCUCCGUUCGUCUCCACGGCAGGAAUGGUGUUGCGAACGUCUCUCCGAUCCUUCAAAUUCUGCUCCCUACCGCUCAGUAUUGGAAGCGACUAUCAGUCUUCCUUCCUCUCAACUCAUUCCAACACUUUUCUGUGUGCAAGGGCUCUCUAAAUCGCCUAGAUACUCUUUACAUAGGCGGUCCAAGUGAUUUCCGUGACUGGGGUGUUAAUGAUGCUUUCCAGUUUAUUCCGAAUUUAAGGCUCCUCGGAAGUUUCUUUGGAGAUUUGCCAUUUUUGGCAUACUUUUCUAUGCCAUUUUCGAGCAUCGAGGCCUUUAUGUCUGGAGGUGACAACACACGGACAUAUGAAUCCCUCAAAAGACUUCCACAUGUACAGAAGCUCUUCCUCGCAUGCUGCUGGCGUUUCAUCGAUGAGCUGGCAGAGCCAAUCACUUUACACGACGUGACUCACCUUCAUAUAUUGGAACCCCCCUCCCUUCAACGUGUUUCUUCUUCCAGCAUCAAUAUGUAUUCCCACCUCAUCCUCCCAUCGCUUCAAUUCCUGAAGCUGUCCUUCAUAUCAAGCCGGAUCUCCCUCCCAGUUAUUACCGACCCAAAUUCAUGUCCCAUCACGUCACUCACUAUCGACAUCUGCGGUCAAUCGCCGCAGGAAUGCGCUCGGCUAGACGAUGAACUCCCUCACUUUUUACGCCGAACUCCUAAACUGGAGGAGUUGCGCAUCUUGGCCACAAGCACGGAAUUACCAGGUCGAUGGGUCAACGAUCUGGUAUACAUAUCGGGGCAAGAUGCAAUAGCUCCGCGUCUCCGUGUUUUAAGUAUGCCAAGCGGUCACAUUCCAGCGGAGAAUAUAGGCGGUCUUGUAAACGUUGUCGAGUCCCGAAGAAGAAUGGAUGUUGAUUCAUCGGACACUGGGCAUUGUGCGUUGUUGGAGAAAGUGGUGCUCGGCCCUGAACCUGUAUGGUUUGACGACGAAGAACUCUCAGCAAGAUGGUCGGCAUUGCGAGCUGGAGGCCUGAUUGUCACUUGCAAAGAAGAAUGAGGUUGGAGAGACUCAUGUCAAAUACGAAGAGAACCAUGAGCGGAAGUACCUGUUGAUUCCCAACAUGUUUCUGCCGAGAAUUCAGAAGCAACGUCAACUAACGAUAACAAUUCAUUCCUUCCCCAAUCAUCUAAUA